UUGAAGGACCUCAAAGCCUCGGCCCAAUCACUUUUCCUCGGGAUCGUUUGCUAUUCAACACUCCAGUAUUGCGGCUACUGGCGGUCCAGUAACGUUAGCCGUGUUCGCGUCGUGAGCUCAGAAGGCAGCUGUCAAAGUGCGGAUUAUUUUUGGAUUAAGUGUAAACAGGAGAGCAGCGCGCGUCCCGGUGUCUCAUCCACUCAUCACCCGAGCGGCGUGACGCGGGCUUUUCUGAAAUGGAGGCCAGGAGGGGAGAGAGCCCCCGCGGCAGGCCACAGGAUACUCGACCAUAAGGGUUAAAGCUAGCACAGUUAGCCGAGACUGCCUGCACUCGGUCGGAUACAUUUCCACUGUUUUUAUACUCGCCUCGCCUCGGAUCUCUUUUACUUCGCUUUGCGUCACUUUGUUAUUUAGUGGAAACACACUUUUUGUUCGGGGGAUUAACCAUUUUGUUUCUGGAAAACUUUGACAAAGUUGUUUAUUUUCCGUUACUGCAUAGUUAAUGCACUGAACAACAGACCUAACCACCCUCCGAGUGUCUUUAAACGCAGUAUUUGACUUCCUCGUUGCACACAUUUCAGUUUCUCGUGCCGUUUACGCGACUCCGACAGCCACUCUGUCGUUGUUAUUGUUUCGCCGCAACCUGAGGACUGACCACAAAGCGUCCCGAUGGAGGAAAAUGACAACAUGGACUAUUUUUACCAGCAGGUUUUGCAGAAGGACGUGACCCGGCGGCUGCAGGUCGGCCCGGAUCUCGUAGACUAUCUGAGCGACCCGCAGAGGUCCUGGGAUGUGGAUCAGGACAAAUCCCGCCUGGAUAAAACCAUGGAUGAGCUGACGGGAUGGGUCAACUCCAGCAAUUACAAGAUUGCAUUGCUGGGGAUCGAUAUCGUCAGCGCAUUUGUGGAUCGAAUGACUGAUCGCUUCAGAGGUUAUAUCGGCACAGUGGUGCCUGCAUUAGUUGACCGUUUGGGUGAUGCAAAGGAUCAGGUUCGAGAACAGGCACAAGCACUCAUUUUGAAGCUGAUGGAGCAGACGGCAACACCCAUGUAUGUUUGGGAGAGGCUGUGUCCUGGCUUCAAACACAAAAACUUCCGCAGUAGAGAGGGACUCUGCUUGUGCUUGGUUGCCACACUAAAUGCUUACGGCGCUCAGCCCUUGAGUUUGAGUAAAUUUGUUCCACAUCUCUGUUCGCUAACAGGAGACCAAAACCCCCAGGUACGAGAAGCAGCUAUAACAACCCUAGUGGAGGUGUAUCGGCAUGUGGGAGAGAGAGUGAGGGCAGACCUCAACAAAAGAGAUCUACCAUCUGCACGGUUACAGACCAUUUUAAGCCGUUUUGAUGAAGUUCUGAAUUCGGGGAACAUGGCUCUAAGCCUAAGUCAAGAUCGUAGUUUUGACGAUGAUGACUCUGUGGAUGGAAGCAGGCCGUCAUCAGCUCAGGCUGCGUUUAAAGUGCCCAAAGUACCCAAGAAACCUGGAGACUCUGCCAGCAGUUCCAGACGACCCAGUGCCACUGGAGCUGCAAAGACAGGUGUCUCUAAGGAGGGGGCAGGAGCUAUUGAUGAGGAGGAUUUUAUCAAAGCAUUCACAGACGUCCCCACGGUUCAGAUCUACUCCACUCGAGACCUGGAGGAUAAUCUGAACAAGAUUCGUGAAGUUCUGUCUGACGAUAAACAUGACUGGGACCAUAGAACAAACGCGCUAAAGAAAUUCCGAUCUCUGCUGGUUGCCGGGGCAGCAGACUAUGAUUGUUUCUACCAGCACCUGCGUCUGUUGGAUGGCGCAUUUAAGCUGUCGGCAAAAGACCUGCGUUCUCAGGUGGUGCGAGAGGCUUGCAUCACGGUGGCGCAUCUUUCCACACUAUUAGGGAAUAAGUUUGAUCAUGGAGCAGAGGCCAUUGUUCCAGUGCUCUUCAAUCUUAUCCCUAACUGUGCCAAAGUGAUGGCCACAUCUGGCACAGCAGCCAUACGCAUCAUCAUACGGCACACUCAUGUCCCACGUCUAAUUCCUCUCAUCACUAGUAACUGCACGUCAAAGUCUGUGUCCGUCCGGAGGCGCUGUUAUGAUUUCUUGGAUCUUCUGCUGCAGGAAUGGCAGACUCACUCUCUGGAGAGGCAUGUGGCUGUGUUGGUGGACAGUAUUAAGAAGGGAAUCAAAGAUGCAGACUCAGAGGCUCGAGUGGAGGCCAGGAAGGCAUACUGGGGGUUGCGGGCUCAUUUCCCCGGGGAGGCGGAGUCUCUGUAUAACUCAUUAGAAUCGUCCUAUCAGAAGACACUUCAGUCGUAUCUAAAGAGCUCUGGCAGUGUGGCGUCCCUGCCACAGUCGGAUCGCUCGUCCUCCAGUUCGCAAGAAAGCCUUAACCGGCCGCUGUCAAAGUGGUCAGCUGCUCCAGGCAGAGGUGAGAUCCUUACGUGUUCCGACGAUUCUGAUUGCACGCCAGGAUCACAGUCUGCUACCCCUGUUGGUGCGGGUUCUCGCUCGGGUUCCCCAGGCCGGGUUUUGACCAGCACAGCUCUGAGCACACUCAGUACAGGAGCUCAGCGUGUGAGUGCAGCUCCGGGGUCCCACCGUCGCAGCCGGAUCCCACGCAGUCAAGGCUGCAGUCGAGACUCCAGCCCCACGCGCCUAUCUGUUGCUCCUUCAAACAUCAGUCACAUCUACAAUGGAUCAAAAGGAGCGAGGGGUAGUCGUAUACCACGACCUAGUGUGAGUCAGGGCUGCAGUCGUGAGGCCAGCCGAGAGAGCAGCAGAGACACCAGCCCUGUGCGCUCCUUCACGCCGCUCGCAUCCCGGCAUUAUUCUCGCUCAACUGGUGCUCUUCAUGCCCCAGAUGCCUUCGGGGCAGCAGGUUCUGGGUUGGGUAUGUCUCAGUCCAGUCGUCUCUCAUCCUCAGUUAGUGCCAUGAGAGUGCUGAACACAGGAUCGGACGUGGAGGAAGCCUUGGCUGAUGCUCUGCUAUUAGGAGACAUGCGGGGCAAGCAGAAGAAACCAGCUCGACGGAGGUAUGACACCUAUGGGAUGUACUCGGAUGAUGAUGCAAAUAGCGAUGCCUCCAGCGCGUGUUCAGAGCGUUCGUACAGCUCCCGGAAUGGCAGCAUUCCAACGUAUAUGCGGCAGACUGAGGACGUGGCCGAAGUGCUCAAUCGCUGUGCCUCUGCCAAUUGGUCUGAGAGAAAAGAGGGGCUGAUGGGAUUGCAAGCACUGUUAAAAAACCAACGAACUCUCAGCCGUGUUGAGCUGAAGAGGUUGUGCGAAAUUUUCACGAGGAUGUUUGCAGACCCACACAGCAAGCGUGAUCCCAGAGGCUUCGUCAUGGCAGAAUCCGGUAUCAGUUCUGCCUCUUUUAAGAGAGUGUUCAGCAUGUUUUUGGAAACACUGGUGGACUUCAUUGCUGUUCAUAAGGAGGAUCUGCAGGACUGGCUCUUUGUACUGCUCACACAACUGCUGAAGAAAAUGGGAGCGGAUCUGCUCGGCUCAGUACAAGCCAAAGUACAGAAAGCCCUAGACGUCACAAGAGAAUCUUUCUCGAAUGAUCUACAGUUCACUAUCCUAAUGAGAUUCACAGUUGACCAAACACAGACACCCAACUUAAAGGUAAGUGCUUUUUUGGAGACACUUUAUCUUCUUUCACUGUCCGGGGAAAAGGCGCUGUUGCCGGCUCCAAUGGGAAGCCCACUCACCCGACACACUCCAAGAUCACCAGCCAGUUGGUCGAGCCCUUUAACGUCCCCUACCAACACAUCACAAAACACACCUUCACCAAGUGCAUUUGAUUACGAUACCGAAAACAUGAACUCUGAGGAGAUCUACAGCUCCCUGAGAGGAGUCAGUCAGGCCAUCCAGAACUUUAGCGUCCGCAGCCAAGAAGACAUGACGGAGCCACCGCGAAAAGGAGAUGGAGAUGGUGGAGAAGAGGGUGGUGAUCAACCCACAGCAUCUGGUCGGACGGCGCUGGAUAACAAGACCUCUCUGCUAAAUACUAUGCCACUCCUCUCCUCGAGUCCCCGCCCAACAAGGGAAUUCCAGUCAGUCAGCUACUCUGACUCCUCCUUCACCUCCUCCUCUUUCAAUAAAAGCCUGAAAGAUGCAGAUCAAGAUGCCGAGACCCUCACUGAUGACAGUGGCGUGGACCAGUCUGAGGUGGUUGCUGAGCUCCUAAAGGAGCUCUCGAAUCACAGCGAGCGGGUGGAAGAGAGGAAAGCCGCGCUGUGUGAGCUAAUGCGGCUGAUCAGAGAAACACAACUGCAUGUUUGGGACGAGCACUUCAAAACCAUCCUCCUGCUGCUCCUAGAAACACUCGGGGAUGGAGAGCAUGUCAUUCGGGCAUUAGCACUGCGAGUGUUGAAGGAGAUCUUAAACCGGCAGCCGUGGCGCUUUAAAAACUAUGCGGAACUCACCAUUAUGAAGACCCUGGAAGCACAUAAAGACCCACACAAAGAGGUGGUACGGGCUGCAGAAGAGGCAGCGUCUAUGUUGGCGACCUCAAUAAGUCCUGAUCAGUGUAUUAAGGUGUUGUGCCCCAUCAUCCAGUCGGCUGAUUACCCCAUCAACCUAGCUGCCAUCAAGAUGCUCACCAGAGUCAUUGACCGGCUGCCCAAAGAGGGUCUCCUUCAAAUGCUCCCUGAGAUCGUCCCUGGGCUCAUUCAGGGUUAUGAUAACUCUGAGAGCAGUGUACGAAAGGCGUGUGUAUUUUGCCUUGUGGCCAUCUAUGCUGUCAUUGGAGAGGAUUUGAAACCUCACCUCAGCCAGCUGUCUGGCAGCAAGCUGAAACUGUUGAAUUUGUACAUAAAGCGAGCUCAGAGCGGCUCCAGCGGAAGUGACCAGUCUUCAGAUCUAGGAGGGCAGGGACUGUAGCUGUGCCGCCACCAUUCAGAACUACAGCACUCUCUUAGUGCAGGGGGACCCUAGCUGGCUUUUUAACUCACAUGCAUACACAAACAAACACCUACACACGCUUACCUACAGAUACACAAAGCCGCAUGCACCUACACUGCUGGACACCCUCCUCCGGCCCCACAAAACCUUCCAGUGGGAUAUGCAUCGAGGAGCGGCGUAGGACUGAAACUCUUCCUCCAAACUAGGAUCACCGUCACUCUGUGUGCAUGUCUGAGAAACCGCUAUCUGUGGCACAGUUGGUGGACUGCUGAUGUAGUUUUGUUGCCUUGUUAAUGAGAAGAUCAUGUGUACGAGUGUGUGUGUGUGUGUCAGACGGGGAAGGUGGAAACCCAGCAGAAAGCGGGGUGUCGUGGGUGUCAAUUUGUGCAACAUGGAAAUUGUUUCUUUUUAUCAAAGAGCUUUUGAAAAACUCAGAUUUUUAAGAUGAAGUUCAAAACUUCUUGGUCUGAGCGAUGUAUCAUUAACGUUCCUAAUUUCUCACUAUCGAUUAUUAUUAACGGUCAUAUCAGUUCAUAACAGUGAGCGGUUGGUCCAGCUUGCACUAUUAUAAGACAUACUUUGCUUGGCUUUAUGCAUGUCAUGAAUAAAUCUGAACCUUUUUAUCUGGUUGCGUACAUGGCUUAACUUACACCCGAGAUUCUCAUCGCAGCGAGGCCACAUGUGAUCCCACACCACAUAGGUAAUAUGUAUCUAUAAAUA